AUGGCUCAAGAAGACCAUGGGCAGAGUCACGGUGACUCUUCCAAUAAUCCUACAAUUUCUGCCCCAACAUCGAAGUCUCCUUCUCUAGCUCCCAUAGUUACAUCUGUCACCGCUCCUCCAGCUUCCAACACUGCUGCUGCCGAGACGACACUCCCACCCAUCACCGAGCUUGCUUCAGUGCCGUUCACGGCUGCGGACCGCCCGACCGCCUCGACGACCGUUCCAGUUCCCACCUCUACACUCGCCGCAUCCUCCGAAUCCGACUCAUUCGCCGUCUCUUCUUCCGUGCCAACACUCACGCCAGCCUCGGCUCCUGCUGCUUCUGCCGCUCCGCCCGCGGUUCCUCAACAGAACGGCGACAGCAGGGCCCCCGAGGCUGCUUCGACACCGACGCCCAACUCGGAAAUGUCCAACCAGCAUCCAGGACUACCUCAUGGUCAGCAUGUGAGCUAUCCGGGCUCCUCGAUGCCUUAUGCGUCCUCGGCAGGCCAAUCAGCCGCCCAAUAUGCCCCUUAUCCUGUAGUCACGAGUCAAGCAACGGAGCCAUACAGACCGAGUCCUAUGCCUGUCAGUAUGCCGCUGCCUAGCAUGAGGACAAUCGAAAACCCACAUGGGCUUCCAGUAUCGAAUCCGCAGGGCAUGCCAAUGAACAUGCAUAUGGCGCCCACGCCAGGCGGUGUGCCAUUCUAUAGCCACCAAGGCAUGCCAAUGGCAAGCUACGGUCUUCCCGAUUCGAUGGCUCGUUAUGCUAUUCCUCACGAUCCGCGGCUUCUGGGUCAUAGGGGACCGAAGAAGUGCGACGAAACACACCCAACUUGCAACAACUGUAAAAAGUCGAAGCGCGAGUGUCUCGGUUACGACCCCAUUUUCAGACAACAAGCGGGUGGACAAUCAUCUUCCAAUAUCCAACCUGCGCCCAGCCAAAGGACUCCUCCCACAGUUCCAAGCUCUGUACCUUCAACUGUCCCUUCGUCGAUAGCGCCCAAUACUGCCCUUACCGCUCGACCUACAAACUCAUACGGCAGCCAGCCAUCUAUGCUCCCAAGCUCGUAUGCAACAGCUCACGCGACAACAGCAAGCCCUAACCCGUCUAUCACCUCGCUUAGCUACGACUCGAGUUUUUCCAACGUUGCAUCUCCUCCUGUCAAAUCCGAGUCGACAUACGAGUAUCCGCCCGCAAUCGACCCAGCCCUUCAAGGAUUUUCAUCAACCUCAAACGCGGAAAGCUCUAGAGCGGUUGAACAAAGGCCUCUCGCUGACAACAACCAACAUCUUAGAGGUGGCGCCCCCUACUAUUGA